UGCAUUUCCAGACGUGGGUCCGGCUAAACUUGCAUCGCCAGUCCGGGACCGCCGCUCCAUCUCCAGCUGACUACAGCCCCAUCUCCGGCUGCAGCCGCGGACAUGCCCGACGACAAGAAGGGCGCCCCGAAGAAGGGCGCCAAGAAGGCGAUCAACAAGACGCCGGUAAAGGGCGGCAAGAAGCGCAGGAAGGUGAGGAAGGAGAGUUACUCCAUCUACAUCUACAAGGUGAUGAAGCAGGUCCACCCCGACACCGGCAUCUCCUCCAAGGCCAUGAGCAUCAUGAACUCGUUCGUCAACGAUAUAUUUGAGCGCAUCGCGGGCGAGGCUUCCCGCCUGGCCCAUUACAACAAGCGCUCGACCAUUAGCUCCCGGGAGAUCCAGACGGCAGUGAGGCUGCUGCUGCCGGGGGAGCUGGCCAAGCACGCCGUGUCAGAGGGGACCAAGGCGGUCACUAAAUACACCAGCUCCAAGUAGAGUUCACACCGAGGUCUUACCCCGCCCGCACUCAGGCCGCCCAGCCGCGCCGCGCCGCGCCGCACACACGGGCUUUGCAUUUAUCCCGAUGGUUGCGAAUUCCCUCUGUAUUUUCCGGUUGAAUGUUUCUCCAAGAGGAGUCGCCCCGCGUUGCAGCGGUUUGAGGAGCCAGGUAGCGUUGCUUGGUUGUGUUGCGUCGCUGGUAACCGCAGAUGCGGGCCGCCAGCGGCUUUUACUCUCUCAAUCUUUAUUGUAACCACUGUUCAUUAAAUUGAGAUCCAUGUUUUUCUCUAAA